CAUGGCGGAAAGUUGGUGGUAAAAAGUGUUCGUGUUUGAAGAAAUUUAGAAAUGAAGGAUCCUCGAAUAACUUAGCUAUUUUUCAUAUAAUAGCCUUGACAUGCCAAACCCCGUUGAGAACCUGUGCUUUGGAGACUUUUCUCUUGAAGACUGGCAUCACAUCCUCAGACAAGUCAGCUCAUCUCGACCUCCGGUUGAGUUUCUSUGCGAUCUCGAAUGCUCAGAUGACGAUGAAGCGUCGGCUCACAAAGAAGAKUUUGUAUGCAAUCCUGAUGCCAGCAAAAGUGUGCCAGCAGGCCUGGAGGACUCAGGAGUAGAGAUUGGCCUUGAGAGUGAGCAGGAAGGCCAAGCAGCCAGGAAUGAUACUCCMGUGUUGUUYCUGUCUGACAGCAAAGAAGAUGACAAAGGUGUCGUAGUUCAGUUUGGUGGAACAAGUGUCAUAGAAGAUAAGGAAACAAGCAAUGUUUCCAGCUAUCUUCAGGAUGCUGAAAACUUYCCACCUCUCGGGGGUCAAGCACAGAACGAUGAGCGUUCAAGGAAGCGUCGUAGGAAAAGGAGACAGCACCAGAGRUCGGGUGAUGUGCCAUGUUCCUCCAGUGAAGACAGUGAUAGGGAGAAGAGUCCUGCYAGUCUGAUUGACAGGACUCCACGAGUAAGAGGUAGUGCGACUGGUGGUGACAAGAGUUCUCCAACAAGUGCCCUUGAGCCAAGCAAGAGCACAGCAAAGAAUGGUGAAGAAUUGAAAGAGAGCAAGCCCACUGCAGGCAAGAAAGAAAGUGCUGACACMAGYAGCACAGAUACCAAGAGYACCACUGAAACAUUGCCAACAGCUGGAGAGAGCAGUUCAAACCACAGUGAUGUUGACUCCAAUAAAGAGAAARCUAGUGCAAGUAAAUCAGACUCGGAAAUCACAGUCAAAGCAAACAAACCAGCUUCAUGGGCUGAUUUGUUCAGAAAUUCAACCCCUAAGACUCCAGCUGUAAACUUGAUGGCCGUUAAAUCUUCUACACCRACUUCUAAAGAGAUUAAUGCCAACAAGGUAGAGGAUUUAACCCCUAAAGUUGUGGUUGUGGAAGAAGAYAUUAGAGCUUUGAAAACUGCAGAGACUCUAAAGAAACUCAAAUUGAACUAUGCACAGAARCCAGUGUUCCUCAGAGGACUGAUUAACAAGGCUAACUGGUGCUAUAUCAAUGCUACACUUCAAGCACUCCUAGCUUGUCCUCCCUUUUACAACCUYCUGAUUGAAAUCGAACCUUUGAAGAAUAAAGAGACCACCUGUACUCCAAUACUUGACAGCAUGGUGAGAUUUUCACAUGAAUUCAACCUCUUGCCAAAGUCAGCACCAAACAAAAAUGGCAAGAUUGAGUUUCGUACUGGUUCGUCCUUUGAGCCAARCUAUGUUUAUAAGAUGCUGACAACAAUAAAGAGCUCUCUGUCRUCAAAGGGACGGCAAGAAGAUGCUGAAGAGUUCUUAAGUUGUAUUCUGAAUGGCAUCCAUGAAGAAAUGCUACAAGUCUUAAAGUUACUAGAACCAGUGAAACCAGAAAUAACCAGUCCUGAACAAAUUGCAUCAGACAAUCCAAGUAUUGUUGCCGUCAAUGGUGAAGACCUGGAAGACAAUGAUGAUGCUGGAGACUGGGAACAAGUUGGACCGAGGAACAAGUCCAGCAUUACUAGAACGGCCAUUUUCCCUCAUUCCUUGGUGUCAGACAUCUUUGGGGGGUACCUACGUUCAUCGCUUCAUCAAACUGGAGCCAAGGAAUCAGCAAAUGUGGAGCCUUUCUUUGAUUUGCAGCUUGACAUUCAGAAUGUUACCUGCAUUGAAGAUGCUUUAACCCAUCUUGCUGUAAAAGAGGAAUUGCAGGGAUAUACCUGCUCCAAGACCAACUCGCAGAUUGACAUUUCAAGACGGGUGACAUUUGAAAGUCUGCCCAAAGUUCUCAUUCUUCACCUUAAAAGGUUUAUUUACUCAUCCAAUGGAAGUCAAAAGCUUUUGAAGCAUGUUGAUUAUCCUUUAGAACUUGUCAUUGGAAAAGAAUUGCUGUCACCAAGUGUGAAAACAAAGUAUAGUAUUGCACAGAAAACAUACAAUCUUCAGGCUGUCGUCUAUCAUCAUGGUAAAACACCAUGUGGCGGCCAUUACACUGCCGAUGUCCACCACCCUGUGCAUGGCUGGGUCCGUGCCGAUGACACUAAACUAAAAGUCGUGCCAACAAACCAUGUCCUCAAACCUAUCCAAGGAAAAGAUCCCUACCUACUGUAUUAUUACAGGACAGACCAAAUGGCAUGAAAAAUGUAUUUUUGUAACAGCUUCACUUUUCUAUGUUUACAUGUCAUCAAAGACUGAUAAUUAUUAUUGGGAAUGGAUUCUGAAUGCUGUCUGUUUGGUUUGCUUGUUUGUGCAAGCUUUUUUGGAAAUACCAAAGAUGUAAACUUUUUUGUAGGUCAGGAGAAGACUUGUUCUAAUUAUUGCAUGCACAUUGGAKAAUACAGCUUUCAUGUUUCACAGCAAAAACACUUAUAUUGCAAUUCCUACUUUGACUUUCUACAUUUGAUUUGUUCAUUAGAAAACUAAGCCAUACAUUUUGCCAUUGAUGGUACAAAAAACUAACAUUUCAAAGUUUUUACUUGCAGUAUAAGUGUUUUUACUGUCUGUUAAAUAUCAGCUUCAGGUACAAAAUAUUUACAUGUGUCUUUACACAAGCUUUAAAUUUGAUAAAAUCAUUUAUUUGGGAGGCUAAUAUUCAGCAAGUGAAACGUAAUAUGGAGGAAUUCAGCUGUGGCAAUAUACAACAGCAGUUAGUCAGAGUAUAAGGAGUUUAAAUAGUUCAGUAUUAUUCAAAUAAUCUCCUAUAUACUGUAGCUUCCAGCUCCAUUUAUGRUGCAGUGCCUUUGCAUUGYAUURAGGUGAUCAUUGAGCUUGCAAUGAUAGAUAUCUGUGCUUAAUAUUGUCCUAGGAAUCAGUUUUUACAAAGUCAACAAAUGUCUUUCCUGCUUUAUUUCAAAAUGGCACAAGAAUUGUGAAGGACACUAYUGCWAGGCAGWAYUAUAGACCCUUUGCUGUUUAUGGGAAAAUGCAGGUCCAACUGGAGGACAAAAGSGAUUCUAGUUCCCAAGAGAAGAAAAAUCUUCUGUUUUGUCCUCCGCAUUAAGCUGSUUUGACGUCAYAUGCAAKGGGUCUAUAGGAAAUAAUGUUUGCRUGUACAAUGUUUAAGUUUCAUCAUAGACUGUAUUAUUUUUGAUUCCUAUCCCAACCUAUCAAACCAGUAUGAUCAUUGUCAAUGCUAAUUACUAUAAUACAUAAUCAUACAUAAUCAUACAUUAUCUUACAUUAUCAUAAAUUAUCAUAACUUUGCAGUUAUCAAGUUAGUUUCUUUUUUAUUACCCCCAAAUAAAAGCCAUAAUUGUCUAAGAAUGAUGGAAUAUUAGUAAUCCAUUACGAUCUUUGAUUGACAAUUUUUUUUCCUUUUAAUUCCUGCUUUGUCGAUAGACACGUAAUAUUUAUUACACGUAGACUAAUUUUACACCUAUAAUAAUUACACAUAAAUACUUGUCGUUGAAGCCACACACUGUUCAAAUUUUUUUAUGUUUCUAUAAAAAUCUGAAACGAACUUGUAAGGGUCGCUCCCUUUGAACAGGAAAAUGGCAUAUUUUAAGAUCACAUAUUGUAGCUGAGAGCAAAUUCAAUUGCCUGAUGUAUUGUGAUUUAGCAGAGAUUUUGAAUUUGGUAGUAAUAUUUAACCCAUUAGGUCUGUGACGGAAAUGGAUUGGUUUAAAAAACUUUAAUAUCAAUGUUAGACAGCUAAGACUUGUAAGACUUUGCUUGCACAAAGCUCGACUAACAGCAGUUUUGUUUUAUUUGUACCCACAAUUUAUGAUCAAUAGUUCUUCACCGGUGCACUUURCCCAACUUGGUAUUACACAAGCAAAGUUUGACGUUAAAAGGGAUUUCAAACGGAGUUUUUUUCCACAAUUGCUGUUUUGGUGAGCUUCAAGCAAAGUUGAUAAGUUAUUCUAAAAUA